AUGUUUCUCCAUUCUGGCGCAAGCCUGCAUGGGCACGAAUACUCCAACAAGACCGCUGCCAGCGGCAAUCAGCCUGCGCGCAGGCAUAUUCUCCUACGCUCAUCAUUAGGCGCAUCGCCGCUUCAGCGAUCGUCAUUCUCGACCGACGAGACCGAGACGCCGACCCAGCGUGUCAGCCGACGCCUUUCAUUACAAGAGCCCGCCGCCGCCGCCGCUCGCCCCGUACGCAGAAUCCGACCGGUUUCCGACUUCGUCCAAAGAAAGGACCUCGUCGUACGCUUCGAGGAAGAACCUACCGUUGUAGGCGAGGAAGUACACGGCCUCGAUGGCGUGAGCGAAGAUGAAGGCAGCCUGGUAUCGGAGAUCAGCGAUACCAGCACUGUCAUAAGAUCCAAAAGAUCAAGGCGAGCUGCAAGGCAAUGUACCAAUUACAUGCUGGCCUACCCUCCUCCAAAGCUUCGCACGAAGCAGAGACGCUUCGUCUCCAUCCGGCCGCGACUUCUCCUCCAGCUGCAGCAACUGUCGAACGAUAAGCGGCCCAUGCCCGCCAUCGACGUCGUCCCCUCGAGCAUGAUCGCUGGGACAGUCAUCCUUCCCCGCCUCGCACGACGUUUCCCCAAGAUGUUCAGAGUCAAGGGACAACUGGGCAUGAACGGUCUCAUCUUGGCCAAGAGUGAGGACUAUGACAAUAACGCCGACGGCUCUGACUCCGACGACAAGGAUCUCGAUAAGCGCGACUUGGUGGCCGUCAUCUCGCCAGUUUCGUCGCGGAAAGAGGGCGAGCGAAGGGAUUCUUGUGAACAGACCGAGAUUGUUUUGGCGGAUGGUUCAGUGUGGACGGCUACCCAAACCAGCAAUGGGUCGUACGACUUCGUCCACGUCGAUGAAGCCGGCCAAACGACAAUUGCAAGAUGGGCCAGACGUAGUGCCCGGCCUCUGUCCACGGCGACCUGCACCGCAGCAUCGACCCCCGCUCCCUCGGAUUACAAGUUCACCUUCAGCAUCCUCGAUCCUCAGCUUCGUCGACACCCCGUCAUGGCAACUUUGACACCGGCUAACCUCGAAAUCUUGGAUAAUUACACUACCGUAUCGCAAUCAUCAGGGCGCUAUCCUCCUACGCGCCCUUUCAGCAUGGAUCUGAGCGGCGACAAGGAAAUUCCAUCGCCCCCAACGACAUCCCUCGGAGUGACACAACGAGCGACCCACCCAGUCGAUGAAGCGACUCGAAUUCUCAUCACUGUGACGUCCGUCUGGGUAUCACUCCGCCAUGGCCAAGGCUGGGCAUCUUCGGCAGCGUCUCCGAUUCCGGGAACGUCCCGACCCGCGCAGUCUCGUACUGUUAGCGGCAGCAGCUGCCAGAGUCGGUCAUCAACGUUUCCGGUGUCAACGAGAGAGAUGAACCGGAUUUCCUCCCCACCUUUAGUACAACAACAAACUGUAACUCAGCCCACAUCAGUCGUCGCACCCAAGAGGACAUUUUCAUCUGGAGCCGCCUUCAUGCAGCGCCGUCAAACAAAGCUUGGGGGCGAGUCGGUGACCACCGACAACGCGGCCGAGUCUGAUGAUUUGGGCGCGCUCGAAAAGGUGCCCGAGCCCGCGCCUAUGAAGAGGAGUUUCUCCAAAAGAAUACGGGACUGGGGCCAUCGCUUCACUUCAAGGAAGACAGCAACUGCAUAA